UCUAGUAUGGCGGCGCCCAUGUACACUUGUGUGUACAUGCAUCCAAGUUGUUUACAAUGUUGUAGGAGCAGUUAUGUCUCCUAACUUAAACCCGAGACGUAAACUUAUACGCCACUUCUCCGUGCAGCUUUAUAAUGCGCAGCUGUACUAGUUAACGCAGCAAAAUGAAUACCCACUGCACCCUUAUUAGCCAGGUGUCGCGCGGCAACAACGUCGACGGCAGGCCUGGUUCAUUAUCAUAUAUUACUGGCAAUACCGCUAGUAGUAGUAGUACUAGUAUUGGCUCAGGCCCUUGUAGUACAUCUGGUACUACUACUACUACUGGUACUAAUCCGAGCCUUGGGAGAGCCACAGACAGGGUAAUUACAUGCUAUAAUAGUGAGCCAUUCCAUGUUGGUAAGGUUAUGGAGCGAAAGAUUAACCGAAAACCCGAGACCACAUCAUGCAAGCAAGUGUCACUGAGGAGAAUUCAGCCAAGUAGAAUUAACAAUGACUCGGACACUAAGUCUAACCAGCCAACUAUCGGCGCCAGGCAGGCUUUAGUCAGUAGAAUUGAACAUUGUUUAGAUCUACAAACUGUCGUAGUUGGUACCACGUGCAGUACUUCUCGGUUGAAAAAUAACCUGACUACUGUAGCAUCGACUGAAAUGUUCUCGGAUAGUGUGACAGAAGUGGCACAGACAGACCUCAGUGCUUGGGUAGCGUGUGAAGCUGUGCAUGACACUCCAUAUAUUAAUGAAGAUGGGGAAUCUUCAGAGCAGAUGAGCCCAAGCAUAUUUUCCAAGGAGCCAUCAGAAAUGGCGGAGACUAUUAUUUCAGGAACACUAAAUGAACAAGACCAUGAAGGCCAUGUCUUAUCAAACAUUACCAAAGACAAUGCCCAAUCAACUCUUGUCAGUUCCUCUGACUUGUUGAAUCGGGUGUCACCGAUUCUCUCAAAGACGAGCAACUGUCCUGACACUGAGAGUAGUGAGUUGCUUACCAAGAGGGAGCGGGACCGAAAGCGAAAAGCCCAGCAACGAUCCAACCCAGCGUAUAAGGCCCGCGAAAAGGAGAGAGAGAGGGCACGUAUGGCUUGGAAAAGGAAUGCAGAUUCACUAUUCAGAGAAACUGAACGAAUAAAAGACCGAGAACGAAGGAGAGAGUCACGCGAAAAGAACUGUGCGCAACGAAUAAAGGAGCAACUGAGAGACAGACUUUGGAAAAGACAACGCUACGAAAAGGGAAAGCUUCAGCGAAAACUGAUUCAUAGUACGACUGACGUGACUGCAUUGACUACCCUCGCCUCAGCCGACUCUACUUCAGACAGCGCAGUUGUGCACAGCCCGCUGAUCUGCCUACCGAUCCUACAGGUGGCGCCGCUUGUGCGAUGGCAGGCGACAGCGUGUAAUGUCGAUGUUAGUCCGAGGAUGCACGAUAGCAAUUGCAACAAUGUAGAUAACGUAGUGGUAAGUUCAGCAGGCGGCGACGCGAUAACUGGGCCUGACGAUUGACGAGUUUGUGACCCACAGAGGAAGGGUGACUGUGGAAGAACUGUAUAGGACGUUUAGCAUAUUGCAGCAUUAGGUUCUGUAUAAAUAUUAAGUGGGGCAGUAAGAUGUGCGUUGCUCAAACACACAAUGGCAUUGCAAAUUGUAAUGCUGCAAGACUCUAUCAGCGACCUGUAGUUAUCAGUGUAUUACUAUCAGAAUACAUUCAGUGUCAACAUGGGUUUUAGUAUUUUGAUAAUGAUUGUAUCAUAGCACUCGCCUGUUAAAUUAUUCACUUAUUUAUUUAUUAUUGCAAAACCAUUUACAUGCAUAAUUUAUAGGGAGUUGGUCAACUAUUGCAUGUUUAAACUCAUUGAACCAUGGGUUCUUGAGCCAUUUUAAAGGGCAUUCAAUAUAUUCAAAUGUGAAAUGAAUCAACAUCUAUGCAGCAUGUUUUACAGGAGCAUUAGGAAAACUCAAGUAGAUUUGUCAAGCAAUAUAGAGUACAGAAACAUCACAACAGUUUACGACCAGGACAAGUGCCCAGUGUUUGCAAACUUAUACAGAAUUUCACCGUUCAAAUUUAUAGUUUGUUAUACAUUCUCAUGUGGUUUCAGUUAUAAGCUGCACAUGGUGAUGGUUACAUUGUGAUGAAUUCAUUAAUGUUGCACAUUUUUGUUACAGUCGUGAUAAAACAAUUUUACGUUGUAAAAGUGAGAAUAGAGCAAGAUAGAAUGUAUGCAGUCUUUGCAAUUUCAUGUUGCUCCACUUCUUCUCAACUUACAUUGCGAUGUAUCAUGGACGGGAGGCUUGUGGUGUUGAUACUCGGGAUAUAAGAUAGGGAAUUGUAUCCAAAAUGUGAUCAUGGUACUUGAUAUUCAAGGUCAGAGGAGUACAUAGGAUUCAAAUGAUUUUUAAACUUUACUGAUAGAUCCAGUUCAAAACAUUUUCACAUGACUGUUGAAAUUAACAUGAAAUGUAUUUUCAAUUGAUAUGCGAAUAAAAUCUUUUCACUGACACUGACUGACCAUUAAAAUAAGUAAACUUUGAUUUCUUUUUUUCUCAAAAUUCAUAGCUCUAUUUCAAAGACAGAACGGUGUUAUUAUUUGUAUAUAGGCAACUUACUGUAUAAAGGCAUCCUAAGCAUAAAAUUUGUGAAUUUUCAA